UAUAAUUACCUGUGCAUUAUGUGCUUUGCAUCUGAGAAAUCUGUAUCAGUACGAUUUUUUUAAGAUUUUUACAAAGUUUGAAGAUAUAACCGCGUCUCUUGAAGUAUGCACCUAUUGUACAUUGGCUGGUUUUAUAACUAUCAUCACACUCAUCUUGAGCAGUCUACGAAUGCGCUUGCUACAGACCGUAAUGCAGAUCUCUUCGAGAUUGUCUCCAGAGUCUUACCAGAAAUUAUCAAGAUUAAUUCACUCCAAAGACAUCUUUGGUUCCUCCUGUUUAAUGUGCGCCAAUUUUCGAUUUUAUUUCAACAUAGGCAUAAAAGGCUUGAACAUGAUAGGUGUCCUAUAUACAGAAUUACUAUUGUUUACAAUGGACAUGCUGUAUAUAAAUUGUGUUUGCAUAUUGAAGGCCUGUUACAAGGAUAUUAACAAUAGACUUCUACAUAUACAAGAAUUUACAAUAAACAAAGAACUGCAUGUUACUAUAUCUCAUUACGAGCAGACAAAUCCACUCUUGAUUAUGAAAAUUAAGUCCCUGCAAAAGCAAUACCUGAUGAUCAACGAGACAGUACACAAGUUGAACAUAAUUUUCAGUUUGCAACUUCUUGCUACAAUAGCACUUGGGUUUACUGAAAUCAUUUUAGGACUGUACUAUUACUUCCACGUAAUUCAAUGGUAUGAUAAAGUUAUGAAUUCGAAAGAUCAAAUCACUAACAUGUUCUUAAUGAUCAUAACAUACCAUAUUACAAAGUUAACAUUUGUUGUGUGGGCUUGCGAAACUGGCAAGAAUCAAGCUCAAAAGAUCCGUACUACGAUUCAUGAUGUACUUAAUAGUAGCAGAAAUGAGCAAAUAAAAAAUGAGGUAAACAUGCAAUAUGAUUUAUAUAUUUUUCUUAUAACAUACGAUACUAUACUAUUAUGAUUUUUAUGUGUGAUAUCUACUUAAGCAUAAUUAAAUCUUCCAACUAUAUGACACUGUUACAAUUUAACAUUACAGUUGCAGUUGUUUUCCUUACAAAUAUUGCAUGGGGGAAAUACAUUUUCUGCCAAAGCUUUCAAUGUGGACGCAUCGUUCCUCACUGCUGUGAGUAAUCGAUCGGUUGUUUUAAUUAAUUUAAAAAAAUUUAUCAUGUUUUAUAUUGUUCUUUUAGAUGGUGGGUACUAUUACUACAUAUAUGUUAAUUGUGCUACAGUUCUUGAAGAUAUCACAGUCAUGCGAUGAAAGAUCUGCAAUUAAUAUUUCAUAAAUAAUGUAAUUCCACAAUGCAUUAUUUUAUUUUAUUGACGGAUAUCUUGACAUCUUUAAAAUUAGUCAUCAUUAGUCAUUAGUAGUCUUUUUGAAUAAAUAUGCAUUAUUAAUACGUCUCAGCAAUUACAUAUUAUUACCUUACGUAACGUAUGUUAUAAAUAAUAGAUUAAAGAGCUCCAUGGUUACUUCAUUACUAACAUACGAUCAAUUAACACUUUAUACUUCGUCGCAACAGCUGCUCGCAGUAUUAAACUGGCACUUGUUAAGAAUAAAUGGAAAGGAAAGAGUAUAUUUCUAUUUACACAUAUGCAGUGGACAAAUAAUUUUAGGGAUUAAAUCUAAAAGAAGAAUUUUGCAAUUCUGUUCGUCUUAAAAGUGUUUCCAUAACGUGAUUAAUAAUUUCUAAGCUGAUAUUCAUAAGGUUUAAACUAUUGUUCGUCUAACACUGUGUUAAUCAGUAUGUUGAUAAAUUUUCAAAAACAAGUGAACAGCAAAAUGCAAGAAAGGUGGCAGCUCUUUAAUGCCACAGAUUUUCAAAGUUUGAUGUAUCCCUGUUUUACAUUGUGCCGUAUUGUCGGAACAUUUCCAUACAACGUCACCAAUUCGAUCUUCGAGAUUUCAAAACCGCUUUAUAUCUUAUCGAUUAUAAUUACCUGUGCAUUAUGUGUUGGGCAUCUGAAAAUACUACAUCGGUUCAAAGUUUUUAAGAUUUUUACAAAGUUUGAAGAUAUAACUGCGUCUCUUGAAGUAGACACCUAUUGUAUAUUGGCUGGUUUUAUAGCUAUCGUCACACUGAUCUUGAGCAGGCUGCGAAUGCGCUUGCUACAGACUGUAAUGCAGAUCUCUUCGAGAUUGUCUCCAGAGUCUUACCAGAAGUUAUCAAGAUUAAUUCACUCCAAAGACAUCUUUGGUUCCUUCUGUUUAAUGUGCGCCUAUUUUCGAUUUCAUUCCAACUUAGGCACAAAUAGCUUGGAUAUGAUAGUUUUCCUAUAUACAGAUUUGCUAUUGUUUACAAUGGAUAUGCUAUAUAUAAAUUGUGUUUGUAUAUUGAAGGCCUGUUACAAGGAUAUUAACAAUAGCCUUCUACAUAUACAAGAAUUCAUAAUAAACAAAGAACUGUCUGUUACCAUAUCUCACUAUGAGCAGAACAAUUCACUAUUGAUUAUGAAAAUUAAGUCGCUGCAAAAACAAUAUCUGAUAAUCAACGAGACAGUACACAAGUUAAACAUAAUUUUCAGUUUGCAACUUCUUGCUACAAUAGUUGUUGGGUUUAUUGAAAUCGUUUUUGGACUGUACUAUUACUUCAACGUAAUUCAAUGGUAUGAUAAAGUUAAGAAUUCGAAUAAACAAGUCACUAACAUGUUCUUAUUGGACGCGACAUAUCAUAUUACAAAGUCAAUGUUCAUUGUGUGGGCUUGCGAAACUGGCAAGAAUCAAGAUCAAAAGAUCCGUACUACGAUUCACGAUGUACUUAAUAGUAGCAGAGAUGAGCAAAUAAAAAAUGAGUUGCAGUUGUUUUCUUUACAAAUAUUGCAUGGGGGAAAUACAUUUUCUACCAAAGCUUUCAAUGUGGACGCAACGUUCCUCACUGCUAUGGUGGGUACCAUCACUACGCAUAUGUUAAUUGUGCUACAGUUCUUGAAGAUAUCACAGUCUUGCGAUGAAAGAUCUGCAAUUAAUAUUUCAUAAAUAAUGUAAUUCCACAAUGCAUUAUUUUAUUUUAUUGACGGAUAUCUUGACAUCUUUAAAAUUAGUCAUCAUUAGUCAUUAGUAGUCUUUUUGAAUAAAUAUGCAUUAUUAAUACGUCUCAGCAAUUACAUAUUAUUACCUUACGUAUCGUAUGUUAUAAAUAAUAGAUUAAAGAGCACCAUGGUUACUUCAUGACUAACAUACGAUCGAUUAACACUUUAUACUUCGUUGCAACAACUGCUCGCAGUAUUAAACUGGAACUUGAUGAGUGUAAAUGGAAAAGAAAGAGUUUAUUUCUAUUUACACAUAUGCAGUGGAAAAAUAAUCUUAGGGACUAAAUCUAAAAGAACGAUUUUGCACUCCCGUUUGUCUUAAAAGUGUGUCCAUAACGUGAUUAAUAAUUUUUGGGCUGAUAUUUAUAAGGUUUAAACUAUUGUUCGUCUAACACUAUGUUAAUCAGUGUGUUGAUAAAUUUAAAAAAACGAGUGAACAGCAAAAUGCAAAAAAGGUGGCAGCUCUUUUAUGCCACAGAUUUUCAAAGUUUGAUGUAUCCCUGUUUUACAUUGUGCCGCAUUGUCGGGACAUUUCCAUACAACGUCACCAAUUCGAUCUUCGAGAUUUCAAAACCGCUUUAUAUCUUAUCGAUUAUAAUUACCUCUGCAUUAUGUGUUUUGCAUCUGAAAACACUGUAUCUGUUCAACUGUUUUAUAUUAUUUACAAAGUUUGAAAACAUAACAGCGUCUCUUCAUAUAAGCACCUAUUGUAUAUUGGCUGGUCUUACAGCUAUCGUUACGCUCAUCUUGACCCGUCCGCGAAUGCGCUUACUGCAAACCAUAAUGCAGAUUUCUUCGAGAUUGUCUCCAGAGUCUCAUCAGAAGUUAUCUAGAUUAAUUCACACCAAAGAUAUUUUUGGUUCCUUCUGGUUAACCUGCGCCGUUUUUCGAUACUAUUACAAUAUAAACGCAAAUAUCUUGGACAUGAUAUUUCUCAUAUAUACAGAUUUACUAAUAUUUACAAUGGAUAUGCUGUAUAUAAACUGUGUUUGCAUAUUGAAGGCCUGUUACAAGGAUAUUAACAAUAGCCUUCUACAUAUACAAGAAUCCAUAAUAAAUAAAGAACUGUCUGUUACCAUAUCUCACUAUGAGCAGAACAAUUCAAUAUUAAUUAUGAAAAUUAAGUCUCUGCAAAAACAAUAUCUGAUAAUCAACAAGACAGUACAGAAGUUAAACAUAAUUUUCAGUUUGCAACUUCUUGCUACAAUAGUAGAUGGGUUUAUUGAACUCGUUUUUGGACUGUACUAUUACUUCGACGUAAUUCAAUGGUAUGAUAAAGUUAUGAAUUCGAAUAAACAAAUCACUAACAUGUUCUUAACGGGCACGACAUAUCAUAUUACAAAGAUAAUGUUCUUUGUGUGGGCUUGCGAAACUGGCAAGAAUCAAGCUCAAAAGAUCCGUACUACGAUUCACGAUGUACUUAAUAGUAGCAGAGAUGAGCAAAUAAAAAAUGAGUUGCAGUUGUUUUCUUUACAAAUAUUGCAUGGGGGAAAUACAUUUUCUACCAAAGCUUUCAAUGUGGACGCAACGUUUCUCGCUGCUAUUGUGCGUACUACCACUACAUAUAUGUUAAUUGUGCUACAAUUUUUGAAGAUAUCACUUUCUUGCAAUUAAUUUGGCUUAUACAAUAAUGUUUAAUA